AACUACAGCAAUUCUUCCAACAUGAUGGCUAGUUUGACUUUUUCAUGGGUGUGUUUCUUUGUCAUUCUUACUGGUGCAAGUCAUGGCUAUCCCACAAAGAAAGCUUUGGAUCCCCGCAGAGCUUACAAUGUGAACCGCUCUUCUGGUUCUAACCGGGAAGGACCUGCUAGUGGAUCUGUACAGGCAGAGUCUGGUUCCUCAGCUGCCUCAAAUCCAAUACUCCGCUCUGUUCCACAAGAAAAACCUAAAUACAUCCAACCUAGUGCUAAGAUGGAACCAGUCCCUGCGGUUCACAGUUCUAAUACAUUUGCUGCACCUGUAUAUUCAGGACAUGAUAGCUUUCCAGCAAGUUCAUCAAAAAGUUUUCAAGUUCCCCAAACGAAAGAUGGUGGUGUUGAACAUUCUGGUACACUCUACGGAACUACAUCCAGUUCACUGCCAUUUUCUUCAGGAUCCAAACUACCUGGUCUCACCAAUCCAAGUCCGCAGAGCGCUCUUGUCCAGCCCGGUGACACUUCCUACAGGGCGAAGAUGUACGACCGUGGCAGCUAUGAAUCUGAAACCGAGGAACGUCCUCCUUCUGAGUACACACCUUUUCGAGCCACGACCAGAUUUCCAGUUGGUAGCAUGCUGCGCUUUGGCCCCUUUGUGGAUGGAUUUUGGUUUGGCCACCCGUAUCUAGAUCGUGUAUUGCUGACAAGGAAGUAUCCUUUAGGCACAUACAAACUUUCCAGCAACACUUUUGAGCAUGGGAAGAACCACUGGCAUGACACAAUCAUUGUAGACAAUCCUACCAGCCCCAGCACUCAGCAAUCUAAUACCUUCUCUGAAGGUAUUAAACAAUCCAGCCAGCCUGCACAGAGUGGGAAAGCUGGUUAG